GUGGUGGUGAUGGGAGACGUUUGGACUGGGAAUAGGAUUAGGUUGUGGUGAUGGGAGUAGUUUGGACUGGGAAUAGGAUUGGGUGGUGGUGAUGGGAGACGUUUGGACUGGGAAUAGGAUUGGGUGGUGGUGAUGGGAGACGUUUGGACUGGGAAUAGGAUUGGGUGGUGGUGAUGGGAGACGUUUGGACUGGGAAUAGGAUUGGGUGGUGGUGAUGGGAGACGUUUAGUUUGUAGGGAUUUAUUUUAUUUAGUUAGAUAUACAGGGUUAGAUAAGAGAAGAUUAUAGCGGUAGUGAUGGGUCGUAACCGGACUCACACUCCAGUACAGUAGGGGGCGGUGUUUGCACCUCUCGGUCGGUUAAAUAAAAUCUAGAAGAAGAAAGACAACAACAGCUGGUCAGCCAUCUCCGUAGCUUGCUAACCAACAUAGCGGAACCGUCCCAUCUCUUUAGGCGCUUUCUGGUAUAUUAGCCACUCUGUUUUGAACACAUUUCUGUCGUUUAGCUAAUUAUCUAAUUUAAUUUCCUAUUUACCUUGUUAUUAGUCAGCUAGCUGGCUGGUUAAGUUAGCAUUAGCCUUGUUAGCUAACUGUUAGCUGGCUGGUUAAGUUAGCAUUAGCCUUGUUAGCUAACUGUUAGCCCUCAUCCCCCGACCAUGAGUUCACCAAGCUACUCUCCUCCUGAUGAAGAGGAGGAGGAGGUCUGCUGGACGGAGAAAGAGGGUCUGUGGCUGAACGUUGUCGUGAAAGAGGAGAAUCUAGAGGAGGAUGUUACAGUAACAAAUGUAGAGGAAGAGGAGGUUGUCACAGUAAAACAAGAAGUAGAAGGUGAGGCUGUUACAGUGAAAGAAGAAGAGGAAGACGUUUCAGUGAAAGAAGAAGAGGAAGACCCGAUCAGAGUGAAAGAAGAGGAGGUGGAUGUGACUGUAAAAGAGGAGGUUGCAGUUUUUGGAGUGAAGGAGGAGAAAGAGGGAGAGAUAACUGUCAUAUUGGAAGAGGAGUCAGGUGAUCUGAUUAACACCGGAGAGAGACUGAACUAUCGUGGAUCCUCUGGGGAGCCUCAACAACCUCAUGACGCUGAAGAGGCAGAGACAAGUUUCUCCAGAUCAGAACUCCUCAAGAAACACCAGCAGAGACCACCAGGGAAGAAACCUAACCGCUGCUCUGACUGUGGGAAGAGUUUCACCUCUUCUUCAGAUCUUAAAAUACACCAGAGAAUCCACACAGGAGAGAAACCUUACAGCUGCUCCGACUGUGCAAGGAGUUUUACUACACGUAGCCAGAUGAUAUCUCAUCGGAGAACACACACAGGAGAAAAACCUUUCAGUUGUGAUCGAUGUGGAAAGAGUUUUGCUCAGUCAGGCAACCUGACAAUUCACCAGAGAACACACACGGCUGGUGGCAGUAUGCCCCUUAAAACGUCUGUUUUGCUGAGCUCUAUUAUACUGGAGAAGAAGAAGUUAUCCAGUCGGCCACCUCGGUAG